AUGUCUUUUACACGAGGCCUCAAUAAGGCCCAGGGCUUCCUCAUGCCCUACCGGAGACCAACCUUUGGUGCCCUCCGCAACACGUCGGAACUCUCCCUCACUUCCGAUACGAGCGGCCGCGAUGAUGCUGCUGCCCCCGAUACUGCACGGUCUGCACCAGGCACGCCCGUGAUAGCUCCGAUGGAUAAUCCCUUUUUUGCCAACCACGGCUCCGAGUCCCCGGCUUGUACAUCACCUCACUCUCGUCCCAUUGCCAUUGAACUACCAAACCCCAGAAAGUUAGGCGCUUCGGGUUAUACGCCUACGGAGAGUUUGUCAGCUCGUGGCGACCUACCUGGUGGUUACUUUCCCAUGCAUGAAGACCCCAAGUGUCGCAUUCAUCGGCCACAUCCAUUUCACUCGGAGAAUCGCCAAGCGACCUCCGAAGUCAAACUCGACAUGCAUGCCCCAAGGGAACAAGCCGCUUCAACAGCACCGUCUUGGCACGGCACUCACACCCCAGUAUCAUCGUACAUGCCCUCUGGUCUCUACGACCACCCGUUACCUGUUGGCAAAUACUACCCAUCCAACUACGAAAGGCGCACGCGCCAGCUGCAGAAUCAACGCUCUAUCGUUUCAGAGUCGGUCACGUCAUAUGCCAAGACGGACGCGCAAGGUACCACGUACAAGAGCAACGACGACGCACGACAGCGUCUGCAACAAUACCAGCGGGACAUGGUUGCACAGGCUUCCAUGGCUCUGGGUGGCUCCUACAAGCCAAGCAUGCUGCCCGGAAACACGGCCGCCCUAAGAAAUCUGCCUGUUCCAGAUGCACGAUUCGGCCGCCCGACGACGCCACAGCGACCAGUUUCCCCGCAGCUGCAGCCCAUGGGCAGCCCUGGUCCGGUGACGCCCAUGGACUUGGAAGCACAAGAGGAAUACAUAACCAAGAACCAGGUAGCGGCCAGUGCAACUCUAGCCCCGCCUGUGACCAAAUUUGCACCGCACUCGCUUUGA